AUGAUAAAAACAUCAAAAUUCCUUAAAAUGAUUUUUAUAUUGCAAUAUCUAUGUGGAUUUUACACCGAUUUUUUUAAAAGAAGAAAGUGGAACACUGUUUUUCGGAUUAUAAUGGCAAUUUUGAUUGUUAAUAUUUUAUAUUGUAGUCUGAAAAGCAUACAACAGCAAAUCAACUUUUUUUUUUUUUCAGUAGGCUUGCUUAAUCUUAUUGAUUAUACUCUAGCUGUAACAUUGUCCUUUGUGGGUGGUAAUGUCCUACAUUAUUGUCAUAGAAAAUUGCUUAAGUUAGACUGUCAAAUGAGAUGGCGUAAGAUCAAGCUAUCAAUGUCGAUAACUGUUUCUAUUUUUUUGAUACUUUUUUUUGAGAAAUCCUUUAUUGGAUGGGGUUAUUAUAACAGCAUUAAAGAGCGUUUAGCAUUGGAUUUUAAUUGGAAUGAUCUAGUUGAUUUGAUAAUAUGGUAUUUGAUUAAAUUCGGAAUUCUUUUAAAUGAUUUCGUUCGAAACUUGACGUUUGAAUGGAUCUGGACCUAUAUGAAAACGUUGAGAAAGACAUUCCAAGAUACAUCAUUUAAGAGAAAAAAACUUGUAUCCAAUUUGCAAACGGAUGAUAUUCAAAGAGUUAUUUUUGGCUACAUUGGUACUUUGGACAGUCUUAAUUCUAUGGGAUUAACAUUUAAGAUUUUGAUAUUUUGGAAUUUUUGCUUCGCAUUUAUCUAUAUACUGAUAGCCACUGUUGGAAUCGUCUACACACCUGUAAGAGAGAUAAGUCUAUACAUGGCAGCUGAAACUCUGUACCACAUAAUCAUUUUCCUCUACCCUUGUGUUUUGAUAGAGCUUACAAGAAAUGAAGUGGACAAAAUUAAGCUGUUAUUAACAGAAAUAUACACAUUAAGCUCAGAUGAGAAGAUACUUACCAAAACCGAAGAUGCCUUAAUGCUGCUUGAAGUGCGUCCAUUUCAAUUAGUCGUGUUUCGCCUCAUCUCUAUUAAUAUUCACUUGCCGUUACAUUUCUUAGCUGUCAUAACAUCUUAUGUUAUAGUUACUGUACAAUUUACUCAUGCGUUUGAAUAA